AUGGACAUUGAGAUAGUGGACUCUUAUAAGUACCUAGGUGUUCAUCUGGAUAACAAUCUGGACUGGACUCACAACUCUGAGGCUCUGUAUAAAAAAAGAUCUGGUUCCCCUGGGGCCCGCAUCUUCACUGUGGUGGAGAACCAGCCAAAGCGGACCCCAGCUUCGUGGGCAAGGGAGAGGAGGCAAAGAGAGCAUGAGAAAGGAAGGAAUGCCUUGAAUGACCAUAGAUAUCGGUGGAAAUUCCCAAUCCCUUACAUCCUCGGGGAUGAUUUAGAUCUGAACGCUAAAGGCUGUGUCCACCAGGCGUUCGAGAUGUAUCGCCUCAAAUCUUGUGUGGACUUCAAGCCUUAUGAGGGAGAGAGGACUUACAUCAAGUUUGAAAAGAGGGGAGGGUGCUUCUCCUCGGUUGGCGACCAGCAAAGUGGUCAGAUCUUGUCUUUAGGAACAGGCUGUGACCACAAGGCUGUGGUGGAGCAUGAGCUGCUGCACGCUCUUGGAUUUUACCACGAACAGUCUCGUACAGACAGAGAUGACUACGUGGAUAUUUGGCUGGACCAGGUGACGCCAGGGUUGGAGCACAACUUCAACAAAUACAAUGACGACUUCAUCACCGAUCAAAACACUGCGUACGACUAUGAAUCUGUCAUGCAUUACAGACCUUUCUCCUUCAACAAGAAUGAAUCCAUCCCAACCAUCACCACCAAAAUCCCAGAGUUCUACUACAUCAUCGGCCAGUACCGUGACUUUAGCAAGUUGGACACCCUCAGGCUCAACCGAAUGUAUAACUGCUCUGGCCCUCUGACCCUUCUGGAUCAGUGUUCGUUUGAGUAUGCAAGCAUCUGUGGGAUGAUCCAGUCUUCUACUGACGAUGCUGACUGGGUCCAUAUGAAGAGCAGCACUGGUGACGAGGAUCAUACGCUUCUGGGAAGGUGCAGAGAUGCGGGGUAUUUCAUGUACUUCAAUACCAGGACUGGAGACCCUUUGCAGUCUGCUUUGCUGGAGUCCCGAACCCUUUACCCCAAAAGAAAGUUGCAGUGUCUGCAGUUCUUCUACAAGAUGACUGGAAACUCUAAAGACAGGCUGGUGGUUUGGACCAAGAUGGACGACGGCACAGGCACUGUCCGCAAAAUGAAGAAAAUACAAACUUUUUAUGCGGAUGGUGAAAAGUCAUGGAAGAUCGCUCAUGUUCCUUUGGAAGUUGGGGUUAAAUUCCGCUAUGGCUUCCAAGCCUCUGGAGGAGACCCCACUGCUUCCACUGGAGGUAUCUAUAUCGACGACAUCAGCCUGACCGAGACACGCUGCCCAAACGCCGUGUGGACGAUCCGUAACUUCUCCAAGAUCAUGCAAGAAGCAGACGAAAACACCUUUAUUGACAGCCCCCGUUUCUACAACCGCGAAGGCUACGGUUACGGCGUACGUGUCAUGCCUUUGUCCAGUUACAGUGAUUUCUCUGGGAACUAUGUCGGGCUUUACUUCCACCUAGCCAGUGGGGAGAAUGACGUUGUGAUGAAGUGGCCAGCUGUAAACCGACAAGCCACCUUAGUGGUGAUGGACCAAGACCCAGAUAUUUUGCAGAGGAUGUCUUCAGCCCGCAGUCUCACCACUGAUAUGAGAACAAAUUCAGCCGGACAGUUGUUUUGGGACAAUCCCUCUAAGGUGGGCAGGUACGACCCUUCCUGUGAUUGCUACAGAGGUGAAUCAUGGGGCUGGAGGAACUUCAUCAAGUACUUUGACCUCAAGAGACGCAAUUACCUGAAGGAUGAUGACCUCAUCAUCUUCGCUGAUUUUGAAGACAUAACAUCGCUCAUCAAAACAGAAGUCCCGAUUGUUUCCCAUGAAUAAAGUCAUACAGGCUUUUAUAACAAAGCCAAAUGG